AAUUUAGCAGAUGGAUUUUUAUACCUAAGAGCUUUAGUUUCUUCAGCUGAUAACAAAGGAACUGAAUUUUUGUCAUCAGUAAAAGCUAAAACAUUCCUGGACAAUGGACUUACUGAUGCCAUCAAUGCAUGGAUGCUUCCCACAGGCGCUGUUAUUGCAAUCAACUUCCAAGUGACUAAUUCAUCACAAUCACUACAACAAGACAAAGAUGGCUAUAUAAUUAAUUCCAAGUUUUAUCUACGAUAUGUAGAUCAAGCCCUACCUGAUACAGCAUCAUAUAUACAAAAACUAGAAAGAGAAAGAGAAGCCAGAGAAAGAGGUGAAGUUAAAGAUAAUAGGUCAUUGGCAAAAUAUUGGAUGUAUAUAGUCCCAAUAGCGAUUUUCGUCAUGAUUUCUGGAGCUACUAAUCCGAACAAGCUGGACAAGCAUCACGCUAAUAGGUUUAUAAUUUAG